AAAGGUAUUUAAUAAACAAUGAAGAAAAUCGCGGACGAAUUUAUAGAUAUAAUUUACAAAAAAGGGUGUUCAGAGCUAAUAGUGAUCCCUUUUCGCUACCUGAUCGGCGAUUUCAAGAGUUAUUUCGAUUAAAUAAAGAUCUUGUGGCAUAUUUGUUUAAUAUUCUACUACCCCAUAUGGAAAACCAGCAAAGAAGAACUAGAGUGCCAAGGGAAGUUACGAUAUUGAUUGCAGUAAGGUUCUUAGCAACUGGUAAUUAUCAAAGAGGGGUGGGCGAGGAAUGGAUAUUGUCAACAAGUCAGCAAGUAGUCAGUAGAUGUAUAUCCGAGGUUUCAAACUUAAUUGUCAUCCAUUUAGGCCCCAUAUGCAUUCAGUUCCCAUUACAAAAUAUUCAGAAAAUGGAUAUCAAAAGAGGUUUCUCAGAAAAGGGAGGAUUUCCAGGAAUAGUUGGGUGCAUAGAUUGUACCCAUAUAUCAAUUUUGUCACCAGCUUUGGAGGAGCACAAUUAUGUAAACCGCAAAGGUUUUCAUUCCAAAAAUGUGCAGAUUAUUUGUAGCUACAACUUAAAAAUCCUUAAUAUCAAUGCAAGGUUUCCGGGAUCUACAAAUGAUGCUUAUAUAUGGAGAAGCUCUCAAAUAAAGCAGUUCUUGCAAAAUGAAUAUAAUAGGGGCGAAAGAAACACUUGGUUAAUAGGAGAUUCAGGGUACCCACUUGAACCAUGGCUAAUGACUCCAUUUGAUAACAAUCCUCCCCCAAAUACACCAGAAGGUCGUUAUAAUCAAUCUCACAAAAUUACCAGAAGUAUUAUUGAGAGGUGUAACGGUCGAUUGAAAGGUAUUUUUAGAUGCCUGUCAGGAGAGAGAAAGUUAAGAUACAGUCCUCAGAAAGUGGGAGUAAUUGUAAAUGCCUGUGCUGUAUUACAUAACAUAUGCAUAGAUGCAGGCCUAGAGUUUGAUGAAGACCUAAAUCAAAAUGACGAUAAUGAAGACCCAGACAAUAACAUACAAGCUCAUAUUCAAAACCCAGACUUAAACCAAGGGAGGCAAGUAAGGCAACAAAUUGUCCAGAGAUACUUCACAAAUGUUUGAAUAGGAACUUAAAACAUGGGCGUCUGAAUUUUCAGAUGUCUAAAUAUAAAUAAAAAAUUGAUAAAAUGAAGUAAUUUUGAAAAACAUUAUCAUCUUUAAUUAAAUGAUUCAAUAGCUUAUACCCAAGAUGUUCUCAUUUUAAAAUUGACUAAGCACAUUAGUUCGUUAACUUUUUGAUUAUGUAGGCAUAGUUUAUAAAUAUUUAACUUCAAAAAUGCAUACAAUGGUUCCUUAUUCAGAUAAUAAAUCAUUUAUAAACGUUUUUUUUUUUUAAAUUGAGAACAAUCCAAGAGGUAAUU